AUGGCCACAAAAUUGGGCGUUUCCGUGCGUAUCCCUAUAUGCCCAUUAAUCGAUUCACAAUCUUAUAACGUUUUGUCUCUUAUCUACACCCAUCUUGUCCAGUCAUGCGGUGUUGUUUCCUGCUCGGUCUGCCGCUUCUGUGUUUUAGUACACCACCUAGUUCCAAAAAAUUGCUCUUCUGUUAUGGCUAUUUUCACUCUUUUAGGUACUGGUACUAUCAGUGAGAAGAAGUUUGAUUUCAUGGCGACUCGAUUACCUUGCUUGUUGGCUUGUGCUUCGCGUUCUGUUUCAACUAGUAGUUUAUCUCAAAACCGUUAUGAUCCGCGGUUGUUUCGUGACCCCAUCACGGACAUCAAAGAAAUGCAUCAGCCUUUAGAUGAGAAUGAUGAACGCAAUUUCUUAUUUUUGAAGGCGAUGAAGAGUGAUGAGACUCCUGUGUUUUAUAGAGAUCACACAGUUGAUAAGCUGACUCGAGUAAUAAUGAAUAGCGGGCGAAAAGAGACUGCCAGAUACCAUGUUUAUGCGGCUUUAGAAAUUAUCAAGAGGCGGCAGUAUAAAGCUUGGCGGAAAGCAGAAACAGAAGAAGAAAAGGUAGAAACUAGCAAAAUUGAGCUGGAUCCUUUCGUGAUAGCUCGUCAAGCUAUAGCAAAUUGUCAUCCGCUCAUGAAACUGCAAGGUGUCACGAGA